UGACCAAAUGAAAUCAUUCGUCUGUAGUACCAUCGGAUGAAGUCAAGACCCCCAUCAUGCAAAAAGCUAUUUUGGUCAACAAGAAAAUCAUGGGAGCUAUUGAAAGAUCAAUGUCUAGCUAAGCGCUUAAGAUAAAGAACAUAGAGAGGAAGAGAGAGAGAGAGAGUGAGGGAGAGACACGUGACGCAUUGGCAUAUGGAAGUGGGCGAGCGUCUGUUGGCGAGCGGCGGGAGAGAGAGAGGAGGCGGCGGCAAUGGCGACGGCGACGGCGUCGGCGUCUCCGCCUUGAGCUCGGGGUGGAAGACAUUGAAGGAGGAGACGAAGAGGAUGGGGUACAUGGCAGGGCCGAUGGUGGCCGUCAACCUGUCGCAGUACUUCCUGCAGAUCGUAUCGGUGAUGAUGGUGGGUCACCUCGGCGAGCUCUCUCUCUCCAGCACCGCCAUCGCCAUCUCCUUCUGCGCCGUCACCGGCUUCAGUCCACUCUUUGGAAUGUCGAGUGCCCUCGAAACUCUUUGCGGGCAAGCGUAUGGAGCUGAGCAAUACCAGAAAUUCAGCAUCCAAAUCCACACCGGUAUUUUCUGUCUUGUCCUAGUCUGUCUCCCCUUGUCGCUCGUGUGGAUCUUCAUGGGAAAGCUGCUGGUUCUCAUGGGCCAAGAUCCGGAGAUCUCCCUAGAGGCCGGUAGAUUCGCCACCUGCCUCAUUCCCGCGCUCUUCGCUUACGGGACUCUCCAGCCUCUGGUCCGGUACUUUCAGACUCAGAGCCUUGUCUUCCCUCUGCUCGUGAGCUCUCUCGUCACGAUAAUUUUCCACCUAGCGCUCUGCUGGACUCUGGUUUUCCACUCCAGCUUCCGCAACCUCGGAGCGGCGAUAGCCAUAGGCCUGUCCUAUUGGUUGAAUGUGAUUCUGCUCGCAUUGUACAUGAAGUAUUCCCCCGAUUGCGCAAAGACGAAGACGCGUGUGCGGAUCUCCAUGGAGCUGUUCCCAGGAGUGAGAGAGUUCUUCAGCUUCGCUGUCCCUUCUGCUGUCAUGAUUUGCCUCCAAUGGUGGUCGUUCGAGUUUCUGACGAUGCUCUCCGGGCUUCUCCCCAACCCGAAGCUUGAAACUUCAGUCCUAUCUGUGUGGGAAGAAGAUUGCAGACUGAUUGAUUUCAACUUCUCAAUCCUCGGCAGCUUGGCGGUGCUUACGACGCUCUAUGCGAUCCCAGAUGGACUUGGGGCGGCAGUAAGCACACGGGUUUCAAAUGAACUAGGCGCAGGGAAUCCACAGGCAGCUCGUUGCGCUGUUAGAGUUGCCAUGCUGAUUACAGUGUCGGGGGUUGCUGUGAUAAGCACAGUCCUGUUCAUCACCCGCCACUCAUUCGGCUACAUAUUCAGCAACGAGGAAGAGGUGGUCCAUUAUGUUGAAUCCAUGGCUCCUCUUUUGUGCCUAUCUGUGAUACUCGACAACUUACAAGGAGUCCUUUCAGGUGUGGCCAGAGGAUGUGGUUGGCAGGACAUUGGAGCUUACAUUAACCUUGGGGCAUAUUACGUCUGCGGGAUUCCUGUUGCUGCAACGUUGGGUUUCUAUGCACACUUGAGAGGAAAGGGGCUUUGGAUCGGAAUUCAGAUUGGUUCUUUCGUUCAGACUGCUCUGCUCAUCAUUGUCACGACUUGCACGGAUUGGGACAAGCAGGCAGACAGGGCAAGGGACAGAAUAUUUCGUGGAAGAUCUCAGAAAAACAAUGCCCUGGAGUGAGCAAGAAAAGAGUUUCUUAGGAAGAAAUUCAUGCUCAAAUCGAUUCUUUCCCCCUAGGCUAGUGGCUGACGUUUGCUAAUAAAAAGUGAACACUGCUUUUAAAUUGCUCAAAUCGAUUCUUUCCCACCGCACGAUGUGAAGCUACUUUCAUAAGAAAUAAAAUGGGCAACCUCUCUUUUUCUCCC